UGUACAAUGGGUGUGCCUCUUACUACUUGUAUUCGAUGAAACGGAAAAUGUGAAUUAGGGGACAUUUUGGCUCUUUGAGGUAACGCAUAUUGAGCUUUAAAAGUAUGUAAAUGAAGCAGGACUGCGGGACGGUGAGGUGCAGGGUCUGUGUUGCCGUGCCGUGUCGAGCCGAGGACGCUGCUCACGGAGGAAAUGUCGUUUUCAAAGUUAACUCCCGAUAUUGCAGUUUUGUUUCCUUUCUGCCUUGGCAUGUGUAGGAACCAUAUGUAACGAGCCUCGCCUAAAGACAGCCUCCAUAUGUUACGGUAAAUAUGGACGGGUGGAGCCCAAUCGUCGCGACAGCCUCGGAUAAUGACCCGUCCAGCUCGGAGGGGGAGUACAUGGUGGAGCCCGGAGCUCAGGGUGAGACCGACGGGGAGCAGAGGGACAGCGUGGACAGGACGGACGGGGCUGCCACUGUCGGAUUUGGGAUAAGCGGGAUUGGGGAAGGAAGUGUGGUGUUGGGUCGAACCGGACAGAGGGACGAGCAGUACCGCCGGGCCCUGCACUUGUUGUGGGAACCGGGACGGGCCGAGCUGGGCGCCGGUGGGGUGGCGAGCAAGUUCGGCAAGAUCACGGUGACCAAAGCCAGGCGACACGGCAGAGCUGUGCGAAAUGUUGGUCCUAUUGGAAAAGACAUUUAUGCUGUGAAAAGACUGAGAGAAGCAGCCAAUGCCAACGACAUAGACACAGUGCGGAAGCUCCUGCAGGAGGACAUAGACCCCUGUGCAGCAGACGACAAGGGAAGGACCGCCUUGCACUUCUCCUCCUGUAAUGGCAAUGACAGCAUUGUUAAACUGCUGCUGAGCUACGGCGCUGACCCCAACCAGCGGGACGGUCUGGGAAAUACCCCUCUCCAUUUAGCGGCCUGUACCAACCAUGUGCCUGUUAUCACCACAUUGCUGAGAGGAGGAGCUCGCGUGGACGCCCUUGACCGAGCAGGCAGGACCCCUCUGCAUCUGGCCCGCUCCAAGCUGAACAUCCUGCAGGAGGGAGACUCACGGAGCUUAGAAACCCUGAGAGGGGAAGUCACACAGAUUAUUCAGAUGCUGAGAGAAUACCUGAACCUGAUGGGCCAGAGUGAGGCUCGAGAGAGGCUGGAGCACAUUUCCACACAGCUGCAGCACACACGCACCAAAGAACAGGUGGACGAGGUGACUGACUUAUUGGCCAGCUUCACAUCACUCAGUCUACAGAAGCAGAAUCUGGGAGAUAGGUAGAGGGUAUAGAGUGCCGUGUGUGUGUGUGUGUGUGUGUGUGUGUGUGUGAAAUAGAGAAAGAGCGUGUGUGUGAGACAGACAAGGAGAGAGCCACAUCUGCAUCUGUGCUCUUUUUUUUCGCCGGCGAUUACGAGCAACCCUCUGCGGUUAAUAAAGAUUAAAAACAUGACCGUGAAAUCAUUCAGUACUUUUUGACUGUUGUAUUGGUUUCUUUUUCAACGGGAUCUUUGUAUCUCGCAGCCUUUUCACUUGCAUUUGCAUGUUAUGUUUAUUUGUGAGCUGUAUUGUUAAAAAAAAAAAAAAAAAAAAAGGAUUUGAGUUAUUGUUGUAAAUGGAUAUAUCUGAAUCAGUCAUUAAAUAAACUAUCUUUGGUUAUAUUUGUGA